AUGUUCAACCUCGCCAACAGAGUGCAGGUGCUACUGAACCAAACACUCACCGCCGUGUCGGUGUUAACGGCCGCCAUUGCGCUUAUCUCCGUGGUCCAGCUCUAUUUCGCCGGCGUUUGGUCGAUCGACACAACCUCCAUUUCCAACGUUAAGGCCAUCGCGCUGCUCAAAAACCUGCGCAGUUUCGGUGCUCUGCAUGGAAAGCCCAAGGAAAACAGUAAGAUUGCGUUUGAUUUGUCGGCGGACUUGACGCCGCUCUUCCAUUGGAACACGAAACAGAUCUUCGUCUAUUUGACCGCCGAGUAUGAGGGAAAGCUGGCGGGCCUGAGUAGCAGGGUCACGUAUUGGGAUAAGAUCAUCACGCGUCGCGAGGAUGCGACGCUCAGCUUGAAGAACGCACGUGCCAAGUAUCUGGUGUGGGAUGUAGAGAAGUCGUUUAGAGGUAGGAAUGCGACGUUGCGGUUGGAGUGGAGUAUCCAGCCGUAUGUGGGUGCGUUUGUGCUGGGAGAGACGUUGGUGGGCGAGGAUUUUGCGUUUGCCAGCGUGAAGCGGAAGUCGUAG